AUGGAGUCACAACCUCAAGUUAAUCGUAAUACAAAAACCGUUCCCUCGGGGAACGAUCAAAGUCAUGUGAUUUUAACUGAGUCACCUUCGUUGCAAACUGAAGUGUCUGAAUUAGAACAGGAUGACGAAAUUGAUAAAAACCAAAUCGUUGAACAAGGUUUAAUACAAGAAUUACAUUUACCUACUAAAGAAAACGACAGCUCUAUCAAAAUUAGCAACUCCGUGACUUUAAAAAUCGUUCCCUCAGGGAACGAUCAAACUAAUACAGAG